CUGGCCUACCGCAUCCAAACCGAUCCAAGUCAUCCACGAUUGGAAGUGGAAGCUCCCGCAUACACUCGGUCAUCUGAUCUGGCUUUGUCUCCCACGCGUUGCUCCCACGCGCGCCGUUCAUUCCCCAUCCACUGCCCUUGGCUGUCUGUGUUUGCGACCUGCACGUCGUGUCGUGGCUGGAAGUAUAAGAUCUUCUAGCGGGUCAUGUCUGUCCCUUAUCCACAAUGAGUCGCUAUCUCACUCCAUCCAAGGUCGCUCUCCUCUGCCUCAUCUCCAUCUAUACCGAAGGAGUCGUCCCCAACUCCUCUGCCAUUCAUGUCCUCUCCUUCCUUAUCACCUGUCUAAGUCCUCUGGAAAGAGAACCCACUUCCCCAUUAAAGUCCCAGGACACACGAUGCUCCGUCUCGGUUGAUGAUUUGGAAGAUGCCCUCAAGAGCCAUCCAUCCUCCAUCCCUGGUCGCUCAAUCUGGGAUCUGUUCCUCAAAAAGAUCUGGUCCAUCGACUGCUGCGAUGCGUUGGAGGUUUUCUUCGCCGAGAUUUCCGCCAUCCUGGUCAAGACCCGUGAAGAGCAGAUCCGCGAUCGAGAUGCAGGUCUUGCACCGGAAACAGGCUGUAUGCGCCUGUCUCGGUGCUCUCCCUUGGGCGCAUUUGUGAGACGAGCUCAGCUGGAAUUUACCAGAUUGCAGUUCCAUGACUCUGUCAAGCUCUGGCAGGGGUUUGUCAAGUAUCGGCUGCCGACGUAUAAUGUAUGGGCACGAAAGAACCCGUCUGAUGAGCAGGCACCGGUGGAUAUCAACCUGCUAAACCUUGGUCUGGAUCCGAUGGAGCACCUUACGCAGGUGGCGUACGGCAAUAUCAAGGAUGACUCGGAGGAUGAUCAGUACGUCAGCACGAAGGACGUUGAACGGCUCCUCGAGUUCCAAAUUAGCGAGCUGCAAAGUUUGGGAGGAAGAGUGCCGGACGGCAUGAAAGUGCAACUCGAACGCAUCAUCAUGUCGGGGGUGACCGUUCCUAACCUUGUGCACUACUUAAGGUUUCUGGAUGCCUGGAGGGCCGGAGAUUAUCCAUCUUCUUUUGACAACCUGCACCGCUACUUCGACUGUACUAUGCAUAGUCGCGAUCGAAGCUCCUAUCAGUAUGCGUUGCUCAAUCUUGCGAUCCUACAAGCUGAUUUCGGAUGCUACGGAGAGGCCGUUUCUGCCAUGCAAGAGGCUGUUUCUAUUGCUCGAGAAUCUCACGACAUGAACUGCUUGAAUUUCUGCAUGAGCUGGCUGUAUCACUUCGGCAAAGCGUUUCCGGAGCAGAUGAAGGAUGUACAGAACACCGGCAUGUUGGGUAACGAAAAGGAAGGCCUCGCCUUUCUGAAGGCAAAGGCAAAGGAAACAGAAAUGUGGAGCCUUCUCAGUACGACGCUGUUGAGCGAAGCGAAACUCGAACUGCAUAAUGGAGAGAGUCUGGCCUCGUCGUUUGAGAAUAUAAUCCGAGCAUCGCAUCUCAAUGUGACGAAACAUCUAUCCAACUCCGUGGGUCCACAGUUUCUACUGCAGACCUCGCUUUAUUCCAGAAUAGGCAUCACGCAUCUCGCAUGGCUGAGCAGCGAGAUAUUCCGCGAAUGCUACGCAAAUAAAGCACCCUUUGAAGACUAUCUCAAGAGCACAUUCCGUAGCUGCCAGCUCCUAGCGCAGCAGGGCCGCUACUCCGAGGUAUCAGCCCAAAUGAGCCAAAUCACCCCGGAAAAGCUUCGCUCCCUGAAAUCAUCUCAAUACUGGAUCUUCUUCUCUGGCCUCCUACAACUCCGACGCCAAAUAUACCGCGACAACAAAACCGCAGCCGAACAUCUCCUCGCCCAACUCCAAGCCAUCCAACUCCCCGACAACGACAUCACCCUCCUCCUCUCCAUCCUCACCAUCGACCUCCGCAUCCGUCAAGGCCACUACGCGCGCGCCCUCGAACUUGUUGAGAAAACCGCCCAAACCAUCCACCAAGACAACUUCGACAUCUUCACCCAAGUCAAACUCCUCUGCCUCAAAGCCUCCAUCCUCCAAAAGACCGGCCACCCGCAACGCGGCUUCUCUCUCGCCCUACGCGCCGCCAGCAUCGCACAUCGCUCACGCCUCCUCCCCAGCCUCUGGGAAUCCAUCUGCGUACUCGCAGGCGUCCUCCUCAGCCUACGCGAAUUCGACGCUGUCUCCGAAUUAAUCGAAAGCAUCAUGCCCCAAAUCCUCGAAACAAGUGACUGUGAGCUAGCCGCCCAAGCCUACUCCCUCCUCGUAGACGCCAACAUGGGCAUCGCAGGAACCCUCUGGAGCAAAGGACAGACCAACUCCGUCUUGAAAAAGGAACACAUCAACCGCGCACUAGGGUACCUGGACUGCGCAUAUGAGCAGUACGAAGAAAUCGAGGAUGUCAAUGGACAAUGCGAGAUGGUAGCGAAGAAAGCAACGGUUAUGCAUUUAACGGGGGAUCCGGUCCUGGCGAAUGAUUACGCGGCGAAGUAUUUGGAUUUGAAGAGACAGAGUCGGAUGGAUAGUGCGGACAUUUAGUUGUGCUGUGUUGUGUUGUGUGUUUUCUUUCUUAUCGGUCGGUUGUUGAUGUAUGAUAUGCAGUGAUUGAUCGUUGAACAUGAUUAAUGCCUGUUUAGGUAGUGACUUCUUUCC